GGUCGACCGAUCGCGUCCUACACGCGCGCACCAUCCGACGUGCCGGUGGAGUAUAGUAGUAUAGUCUCGCGCGGCGCGGCGAGAGAGUCGAGAAGCGCCGAGCGUAGCCGAGCGUAGCCGAGCGCGGCCGAAGCGACGAACCCUCUGUCCUCGCGGCGUAGUGUCGCCCCACCACAUCCAGUCGUACCGCGAAUGUCACAUCGUGCGUUACGUAUGUGCGUUGUCCUCUCGUGCGUUUCUCCCUCGUAACGACGACGUGUAAAAACGAGGGCCGAGAAAUUUACGAAAACGUACUUACGUUUCGACGUCGUCGGCGUCUCGUUCUCUUUCUCUCGCUUUCUUUGCCGUGAAGUUUGUCGAAAGAAGCUUUCUUCGGAGAAGCGGCCAGCGCGAUCGCCGAGAAGUUUGGCGCCGUCGACGAACGGCGGUGCGUUUUCUUCCGUCUGAUCUCGUACCGCUUCCGCGAGGGAAGAAAGGGACAAGCGACACAGUAAAUUAAGGGACGAAGGAGAGGAGCGGACGACGAUCGACGCCCGUCGUCACCGGUCGUCGAUGUGUGUCAAAGUGCGCGAGUCAACGGAACCGCGAGAAUUUGGCAACGGAUCUAACGUACUGAACGUUGCCGCUUAAACGCGCGACAGUUUCAGCUCGAACCGUGCGUCGUGUUGCGAAAUCGGAAGCAUCGAGAGGGUAGAAUCGCCGCGAAUUUGUGACGUGUAUACACGCGCGCGGGCUGCAAACGGAAAAGCAGGUGGACGGGCGAAUAUACAUAUAUACGAGGCGCGAUAACGGGGCGAAUGGUCGCGCGAAGAUGCAUUCCAGAUGGACGAUGAUGUCGCGACAUCUGUAACGGUCAGGUAUACAUUGUUGUUAUCGUUAUCGUCGCGCGGGUUAUGACGCGCCGCGCCGCUUAAGGACGCUCCUCAAGCGCGUACCGGAGAGAUUCGCGAGUGCGUGCGUGCGUGCGUGCGUGCGAGUGCGCGCGACAACACGACGACGACGACGAUGAAGACCGACUCGCCGACCGAGUCCUGGUCGUCGGUCCCAGGCAAGGGCUCGUCGUCCUGCCUGGAGGCGUCGAUGCCGCGAAAGUUCCGCGAUGAGGAUCGCGUGGGAUCCGCGAGCCUCAAUUGGGCGAUGUGUGCCCUCUUGGCCAGCCUCACCGUGUCCGGCAUGCUCUUCUAUCGCGAGCUCAGCCUGGAGGCCAGGAUCGCCAGCCUGGAGGCACGCUGCCAUCGCGUCGACGAGUCAUCGUCGCCGGUGGAAGUCUUAGUGCAGAGACUCAAAUCGGAGGUGCAGGAGCAGCUGCGGCAGGAUCAGACGCAACGAUUCGCCCCGGCAGAGGUCUUCAGGCCCAAACGCGACGUCUCCGAGGCAAGAUGCAACUGUCCUGCAGGUCCACCCGGUGAGCCAGGUCCACCCGGAAAGAGGGGCAAGAAAGGAAAGAAGGGUGAUCCCGGAGAACCCGGUGCGCCGGGUGUGGCCGGGACGCCGGGCAAGAACGGUUUUCCGGGACCCAUCGGCUUGGACGGACCCAAAGGUGAUCCGGGUCGACCCGGCGACAAAGGACAGAAAGGCGAGCUGGGCAGCCCCGGAUUCGACGUCUUGUCCGCAGUGAAGGUCAAUGCACAGGGAUUGGGGUUAAAGAGGUCGGUGACGACGCUCCGCGGCGGGACGCUCGGCUACGCGGAAAUCGUCGCCCUCAAGGAUCUUCAGGAGAAAGGGGUUAAUAUCUCAGCGCAGAACAUCAUACCACUGAAAGUAAGUGCGCCUGCUCUUCUGGAGCUCCCUAUUCCUUUGCCCUUUAUCGUCGAUUCCUCGAAGAAUGGUGCUCGGUUUGAAUUAUGCAAGAGCUUUUAAACGAUAAGCUUUUGAAAAAAUAAAGCUAUAGUCCUUUAAAGAGUAUAUAUCGUUAUUCAAUCGUUUGUAACUUAUUUUUCCAAAUUCCACUUCUUCGAUUACAUUGACGUUACUUAAAUCGCCAGAAAAGAAUCGCAACGAAAAAAUAAACUGGAAUAUAUAUUUUUGUAUUACACGUGCAGGCAAAG